AUGAAAUUUGGUGCACAUUUAGCCGCAAGCAUAUUCCCACCAUGGCGAUCAGAAUACAUCCAGUACGACAUGCUUAAGCUCCAGCUCAAGUCGCGUCAAUUAGAUCACACUUGGAACGACCAAGAUGAAGCAUGGUUCUCACAAACGGUGACAGCUGAGCUCAACAAGGUCGAUGCCUUUCUCUCACGCAAACGCCACGAGCUCGAAUCACGCAUCAACUAUGGCGAACAAACCCUGCAAACGAUCGCACGCAAUUCGCCACCCCCGUCUCAACGAACAGACACAAACACUUUAAGCAACGAGCAAAAUAUAGCAUCGUUGCAGCAAGCAUUGAUAGAAACCCUGUACGAUACCAACGACCUCAGCAAAUUCAUCCGACUCAACUACACUGGCUUUCAAAAGAUCCUAAAGAAACACGACAAGUGGACGCAGCUCAAUCUGCGAUCACACAUGAUUCCGCAGUUUCAACAGCGAGGCGUGGAUAAUCAGCGAUUCGACGACUUGCUGGUCAGAAUAUCCCAGCUACGUGAUCUGUGUCGGCUUUGCAGCAGGUCCACUACUCUGCAAGAAGAAGAAGAAGAAGAAGAAGAACGCGCUCAUGCGGAUAACAGUGACAACAAUAGCGAUGUGGGUGAUUUUGAAAGGGCGACAGAAAAGUAUUGGGUGCACCCUGAAAAUGUCACUGAAGUCAAGGCAUUGUUGUUGUUUCAUUUGCCGGUGUUGCGGUACAAUGCCGAUCAUCCUUAUGAGGAAUCAGAAACGGCCAUAUCGAGCGUGUACAUGGAUAAUCGACAGCAUGAUCUCUACACGGAGCGACUGCAGCGUGACGAGGGUGCCGAAGCGAUCCGGUUGCGCUGGUACGGGGCUGAGACGACGCAAGAUAUCUAUGUGGAACGCAAGACGCAUCAUGCGCCGUGGCUCGAUGGCCAAAAGUCCAUCAAGGAGCGCUUCCGACUCGACGCAAGCCACGUUGACGACUACUUGGCAGGCCGAUACACGCCCGAAAUGGUAGCAGACAAUGUCUUGUCACAAAAAAAGAAAAAGUCCGUAGCCGAAAAAGCAAAGUCCACCGCCACAAGUGUCUACGAAUCCAUCCGGAAGAGGAAACUCAAGCCAACCCUGCGCUGCUUUUAUCAUCGACUGGCGUUCCAAAGGCCAGGUGACCCACGACUUCGCGUGAGUCUUGACACCGAUCUGACAUUUAUCCGUGAAAGAACAAAAGACAACAAGAACAGGACCCCUUGCUGGCGACGUCCCGACGUCGGCAUCGCUUAUCCGUUCUAUCAUCUGGCCGACCCAACUGACGUGCACCGCUUCCCUUAUGCCGUCCUGGAAACCAAGAUCCAGACGCAUCUGGGCCAGCAGGCGCCUGAAUGGCUUACCCGACUUACCAACAGUCAUUUGGUCCAUCCUGUCCCGCGCUUUUCGAAAUUUUUGCAUGGUGCCUCUCAACUCGCUUACCAAAAUCUUCCCCUGCUUCCAUGGUGGCUCAGUGAGCUGCGCAUCGAUAUCCGCAAGCCACGCACUGACCAGUUUGGCUUGUCAAGAACGGUCAGUCUGCGACCUUUGUUGGAUGGCGGACUCGUGGCUAUCGAAAUCCCCCCUGAUUCAACGACGACGACGACGACGAUGCUGGAUUCAACAAUAAAGAGAGAUUCCGGCAUGGCACCCUCUCUGCUUAAACCUUUACCAGCAACAUGCGAAAAGAAGACACCGACAUCAUUAUUACCACCCACACCAUCAGGGACUCUUGAUACACAAUCACCUAGUACAGUCGAUGAAACAAAGCGGAAAAAGAGCAACAGAUUUUUUAAAAGGUGGCUCCCACGGCGUUGUCGCCGGUUUGGCAACAACAAGCUGCGGAGCAGCAGCAACAACAACAACAACAAGCCAGCACUACCUAGCGUCAAGGUUCGCGUAGAGCCGAAAACAUUUUUUGCUAACGAACGCACAUUUAUUUCUUGGCUUCAAUUUUGCGCGCUGAUCCUCACGAUUUCCCUCAGCCUCAUCAACUUUGGUGACCAUGUCUCACAAGUGUGUGGCGGGUUCUUUCUCAUCAUUGCUGCACUCUUGGCAGUGUAUGCACUCUGGCGCUACCAACACCGCGCACAUCAGAUUCGAACAAGAAGCAACACACGCUACGAUGAUCUGUACGGUCCUGCCGCUUUGUGUAUUUUACUCGUCGUUGCCAUCAUUGUCAACUUUAGUCUUAGAUUUAAUCAGCCUACCGCACCUGGAUCAUCACCUUAUCACGCUGCUGCUCCUGCUCCUGCUGCUAAUCAAUAA